UUAUUACUAAGAAUCUGUUUGCUUUGUUAUAUUCUUUAUACGAAGCAUUAAAGUGAAUCAAAGUAAGAAAAAAUUGUGUGCGGUAUGUUUACAAUCUUCCAAACUUGUGUUGUUGCUAUGGAAUUUUACCGUCGUUUUCCAAUGUUUAUCGACGGUUAUUAUCGGAGGGUCAACAAAGUUGCAUUAUUACCAAGUUCACUGGUUCACGGUUACUGAUACAACAUUUUUGAUGAACUGUAUGGACAUUGUAACACAGACUAACAGACAGGACACUCAAAUUAGAUUUUUCAAUCAUUUUAACGGUCAUUUCGAAUAUUCCUUUAUUUGGGACAGUACUCACAUGUGUCAUGAUGGCGCCACGUUACCCUAUCAAAAACAUCCUGUCUGUCAUCUAGACUGUGUUUAUUUUUUUCAUUUACCAACAGAGUUGCCAUUCAUACAGAAUUACCUGUAAUGUAUUGAUUUGUAUACGUUCAUGCGAAUUUCAUGCAGGAUACAGAUUUAAUACAUAUUGCCAAAAUUAUAUACAUAAUUGUGCCUACUUCUCAUCCUCCAACGCAAUACAAAAUCGAACCCGUUUUGUUACAAUAUUUACUUGCUUCUGGUCUGCCACCACUUAAUUUCGGGAAAAACUACCAACACAACAAAAAUAGUCUAGAUGAACAACGUUGAGUCAAAUAAAUGGUUACCUUCCAGCAUCGCGAAAAAGUUAAAUAUAUUAUCAACGUAAUCCAAUAAUUUAUUGUGACGAUUCAUUUUCAAAUAUUUUGAUGAAAUCAGGCAUCCCUGCAAGCAGCUGAUCGGUGUUGACAAACGAGGGGAAACCAACCAGUAAAAAAACUUGUGCAUAACACAAGGGGUGUACAGAUAGUAAAUAGUUCGCGCAGUACAAUAUAGGUGGAACUAGUGCAUCACGAAAAAUUAUUUUUAUGAUAAUUUACUCAUACUGUCAUGUCUGUUAGUCUGUGAUUGUAAUCUUGAGUUUAUUUUUGGCGAGGCCUCCCUAUAUCAAUCGAAGUUGAACUGCUAUUUAAUGAAAUGCAAUGUGUGAAUAAUCAACUAUCAAAAUCGUCGGUCGUGUUAGAGGAAUCAAAAGAAUGACAUCAUUAUGGCAUGUUAUGGUUGGCUCGUAAAAUCAUAGGUCAAUUCAAACUGAUUUUUCAAUGGUUUACUAUUGAAAUACUAAAACGACAUUACAAAACACUCUUAAGUUGGUUGUUUUUGAAUCGAUUGUUAGUAAAAUUAUAAAAAUUCAUAAAUCAAUUAACAAAGUUAUAAGCGUCCAAUAUUAUGACAGAAAAAGGUUCCGUGGAUAGUUUUGCAUAUUUUAAUUGACAUCCGGCCCCGUUUAGUGAAGGACAAGGUAAUGAAUUUUCGGUUAAUUUUUCAAAAGGGUGUAUAAGCAAGUGACAGUUUCUCUUUGUUUACUUUCUCUUCUAUAAAUUACCAAGCGGUUUCCACGUUUAUCACUCAAUUCUUUGCAUGAAAUGAUACCCGAAACUUUCGAGUUUCAAACAGAAUAGUGAUAUCAAAGAAAAUCUUUUUAAUCACAUCACAAUAAUCGAAAGAGAGAGUGGUUAAAGAGAAACUGUCACUUGCUUAUACGCCCUAAUGAAAAAUCAACCAAGAAUUGUGAAUAUCAUUGUGAAUCCGUGUAUAUCAUUUGAGGACGCACUCCUAGCUAAACGCAGCCAAAUUCAGUGACAUUUUCGUAUACGUCGAUUAUUUGAUGUCAAAAAUGGUUUUUUCUCCAGACAAGAAAAUUUUUUACAUUUUGUGAGACGACGAGGGUAUAUUUCAGCAAAAUGAAACGAUUUGUAUAAAUUCAAGUGUGUAGAAAAUUAUUUGCGCCGGUGUGUUAAUUAUUAGGGCACAGUAAACAUUGAAACCAUUUCGCUGAAAAAAGUAUAGUGCGAUAAAAAUUACAUUUCGACAAGCAAAAGGUUGCAAACAGUGAGCCCUUACAACAGAAGCUUAAAAUACUUUGCGUAAGGCUGACUGUAUCAAGGACACAUUGACAAAAUGGAAUCACGGAGCGGCUGUUUCUCUGCAGCCGGUUCACUGUUAACUCUUGUAUUAAUCUGUGGGAUGACGAAUGGAUUCUAUUUGCCAGGAUUAGCUCCAGUCAAUUAUUGUCGACAAUCGGAAAUGCAGAAAUCAUGCAAGUCCGAAGUAACCCUCUACGUAAAUCGUCUUAACACGGAAGAAUCGGUCAUCCCAUACGAGUAUCAUCAUUUCGACUUUUGCCCGAUUGAUGAAGCCAACUCGCCUGUGGAGAAUCUCGGUCAGGUAGUGUUUGGAGAGCGCAUUCGUCCCGGACCGUAUAAGAUUGAGUUCCUGGAACAACGGACAUGUGAAAAAGCUUGCACUAAAUACUACGUCGGUGGCGACUCAGACAGUGAUCGUCGGUUGAUGAUACUGAAGAAGGGCAUGAGUUUGAACUACCAGCACCAUUGGAUUGUCGAUAAUAUGCCAGUGACCUGGUGCUACCCGCUGGAUAACGAUCGUCAAUACUGCAGCACAGGUUUUCCGAUGGGUUGUUUGGUUAGACGAAAUCCGGAUGUGGACGAAGGGUGUCUGGUAAAUCCGAGUUAUAACAGAGCUGGCUAUUACUAUCCAUUCAAUCACGUUGAUUUGACCAUAACUUAUCACAGCGGUGCCACGGAAGAAUGGGGUGUGGCUUUUAAACAGAAUGGUGGUCGAAUUAUCUCGGUCAAGGUAGUGCCAUCAUCAAUCAACCACAAGAAUCCUGAUCAACCGGAUUGUAAUAAUAAGGAACCUAUUGAAAUUCCAUCCAAUAAUCUGCCGAACGGACAGAAAAUGAACAUUACUUAUACCUACUCUGUCCGGUUUGUGCAAAAUAAUACGAUAAAAUGGUCAUCACGUUGGGAUUACAUUCUAGAAUCGAUGCCACAUACCAAUAUUCAGUGGUUCAGCAUUUUGAACUCCCUCGUCAUUGUGCUGUUCCUUUCCGGUAUGGUCGCUAUGAUCAUGCUGAGAACCUUGCACAAAGAUAUCGCCCGGUACAACCAAAUGGACUCCGGAGAAGAUGCUCAGGAAGAGUUUGGCUGGAAAUUAGUUCACGGUGAUGUUUUCAGACCACCACGGAAAGGAAUGUUACUGUCAGUUCUGCUUGGUUCAGGCAUUCAGGUGUUCUGUAUGACGCUGGUAACGUUAGCUUUCGCCUGUUUGGGUUUCCUCUCGCCGGCUAAUCGUGGCGCACUGAUGACCUGUUCCAUGGUUUUGUUCGUGCUUCUUGGAACACCGGCCGGCUACGUUUCCGCUCGUAUCUAUAAGAGUUUUGGCGGAAUUAAAUGGAAGAGCAACGUACUUCUCACUUCUAUGCUGAGUCCUGGUAUUGUAUUCGGGCUUUUCUUCAUCAUGAAUUUGAUAUUAUGGAGUAAAGGUAGUUCAGGAGCUGUUCCAUUUUCAACACUGAUUGCGCUGUUAGCUCUGUGGUUCGGAGUUUCAGUCCCACUCACCUUCGUUGGAGCAUACUUUGGAUUCCGUAAGAGGUCAUUGGAACAUCCCGUGCGCACCAACCAAAUACCUCGUCAGAUUCCGGACCAAUCGAUCUACACGCAGCCAAUACCGGGCAUCAUCAUGGGUGGCGUGCUUCCGUUCGGCUGCAUCUUUAUUCAGCUAUUCUUCAUUCUCAAUUCGCUCUGGUCCAGCCAGAUGUACUACAUGUUCGGCUUUCUGUUUCUGGUGUUCUUGAUUCUGGUCAUCACCUGCUCAGAGACGACGAUUCUGCUGUGCUACUUCCACUUGUGUGCAGAGGACUACCACUGGUGGUGGCGAUCGUUCCUGACAUCGGGCUUCACGGCGGUCUAUCUGUUCAUAUACUGCUGUCACUACUUUGCGACCAAGCUGCAGAUCGGGGAUGCGGCUUCAACUUUCCUUUACUUUGGCUAUACACUGAUCAUGGUGUUCCUUUUCUUCUUACUAACAGGUUCAAUCGGAUUUUUCGCCUGUUUCUGGUUUAUCCGUAAGAUUUACAGUGUUGUGAAAGUGGACUAAGCGAUGACCAUUCGAUUUGUCUCUAUGAAACACCCCAUUAGCUUCAUUCUCUAUUUUUGAAGUAGUUCCAACUUGUCUACUAGUAUAAGCCUAUUAUUUAAAAAAAAUACAGAAAAUAGAGCCGACUAAAAAGUGAAUGAGUAUUGACGAUGCACUUAAAAUGAUUAAAAUUAUUUUAUGCAAGAAAAUACUGGUACUGCUUUAUAUCGGUUUAUUUAAAUUUGAUCCAAUUUGGACAAUGAAAAUCGUGAUGGAAAACAAUCAUUCACUUAAAGCAAACUAAAGUAGCAUCUGUGAAUGCAACAAAAUAGACACAAUGAUUGAGCGCAAAGUAGAAGGUGUGAUCAUAAUUAGAAAGAAGAAUAAAUGCUUUUUUAUGUUAUCGGAAGAUUUACUUUUAAUGAAAUAGAACUGGGAGCGAUCGAUAAAAACCGAUUCAACUAUUGUCGCAAUAGUAUUUAUCAUUUAGGUGUGUAUCAUAUUCGUAUUUGAUAUUGAUUUAGUAAACAAGAACAAUAUGAUUUAUGUUUAGGUAUUUGAGCAAAAUAUAUCGAACUGUGCAAACAAACUUAACAAGCACAUCUUGCGGGACAAUGAAAUUCAUCAGGAAAGUGUUAGUUUACAGUUUAUUACCUUGUUUUACUCAAACACCUUCUAAAGCCACUGAAUUAUUCUUGCACUCUGAGAAAGCACAACUGAUAUAAAAGAAAUUUAUUUCGUUUUCGCUUAAUCAAAGUAUGGCCCGAUUACUUCAGUUACUGUUUCAAACAUUGAAAAAGAAAUGGGCUCCGCAGAUUUGUUGUUCAUCUCAACCAUUUUGGAAAUGAAUCAUCAACGUAGAACACUGUAUGCGCAUAUAUUCCCCAAAUUGUCAUUGAACACAAAAUAUGAAUGAUGUAAAGAUAUUCUGAAAACUUCUAUGCUCAUAACUGUUUGAAAUCUUUCAUUUGAAGGAAGAUAAAGGUAAUAUAUUUAUUUCUUCGAAAAAUUUCGGUUGAAAGCGCCAUUAGAUAUGAGCACAAUGAAUGCAGAGUAUGAUAAUUGCAACAAGAACUAAUAGUAAUCAAUAAACUAACGAUACAUUAUAAAUAAUAAUAAAGCUGCCUUAUUUUGCUAGAAAUAA